ACAACGUCAUUAUCCCGCGACGCGGUGGAAUUUUCCCUGAGACGGAGAGGAAAGCCUUACGUUUUACCUUAAGGUUUUAUUUGGAUUUAUUUAUUAUAGCAACUUUUGUGCCUAGUAGAAUUAACAUCCCGCAAGAGCCUGGGCUGGUACCAGAUUACUCUUCGCCUUGAUUCAGUUCCAGAAAAAUGCCUCAACAACUUCUUGAAGGGAUGUCCAGCAGGAAACGAAGACCUAACUGGACAGACCAAGAGUGCCUCCUUCUUGCCCAGUUAAUGCAGGAGAAGAAAGACAUAAUCAGAGGGAAGUGCAGUACUGGAAUAUCUAUACAAGACAAAAGACAAGCCUGGGAGGAAAUAGCCCAAGCCAUCAAUAAUGCCUUUCCACAGAUUCAGCGUACAGUUUCUGACUGCAACAAAAAGUGGGAAAAUCUGCUUGCAAAGUCGAGGGAGGAGAUCAAAAGACAGAAAAGGCAAGCGGGUACAGAUGAAGGCCUGUCCCUUGAAGAGUUCAGCACUGUGACCCAAUUAGUGAUUUCUGUGAUGAACCUCUCAGACAUGCUUCAACAAGAUCGAGAAGACUGUUCAUUGUCAGAGUUGGUAGAAACUCAACAAAACAGCUAUGAUAAAGAUGGAAAUGACCACACAACCGAUGAAAGAUUAACAAACAAACGUCCACUGACAGAGCAUGAGCUCCUUACAUAUCCAGAUCCAUCCACCUCUCCAGGAGAACAAAAAAUGAUUUUCAGUAACAUUCCCAAAUCACUUGCAAUACAAUUCAGUACUCCCCGUGCUACCAUCUUUACUGCCUCUGGAGAAAACUUGGAUACUCCCUGCUCCACUUCUCCAACGUCAAUGCACUGCGCAACUUUGCAAGAGCGAAUGGAUUUGGAAAUGUCUGUGCUGAGAAGACAAGAGGCUGUCCUCAAGCUUCAAGAGGAAUAUUACACACUAAAAAUCAAGCUGAUGAAAAAACAAAUGGAAGAGCCACAUCAAAAUGACUAAAGUAGUUGUAGAAAACUCUGUGUUCUACCUGUUUGGGACGUUACAGUUAGUGUUAUAAAUUGUCAGUUUUGCAUUUGAAAUGUGUAAUUUUUCUUUUUGUAUAGUGGAGAGUCAAACACUAAAUACAUCACAUUUAUUCCAUAUUCUCCUAUUGUGAAACACUGAUCAGGUUUGUUCCGUCACGCUAAGUAAAAAUCAUCUUCAUGUUACCUGGUCAGUUGGCAACUGACAUUUUCCUUAAAAGCAACAAGCAGAUAAGCUGAGGAUGUAUUUUAUAGACUGAGUUAUGUGUUGGGUUGUUUCCAAAUGAAUUCCCUUUUCAAAGCCUUGCAUUCAGAGACUGUGUCACUUUAAAAGUAAAACAUUGCUUUGCCACAUUAUGACAGAUGAUAUCUGCACAUCAUUACAAACCAAACCUUAUUGAAACGGUUAUUUUAUGUAUGCCAGAAAUAUUAUUGUUCUGUAACAACAAAAUUUCUAUUUGAAGUUUGUAAUGUCUGUAAUGGUGAGCUACAUUGUCAAUUACUGUCAAAUCUUUGUGCAAAAAAAAUUUCUGUGUUGUCUGUUUGUCAAUUUGUAGCAUGAAAAAUAAGAUACAUGAUGAGAUUAAUUUCUGCCUUUCUUCCUUCCUGCAUUUUGUUGUCUAUUACAGUGAAAGUCAAGGGUUAGUCAUCAUGUUUGUCGCCACACAGGAGUCUCAUACUGAAAAAUAGAAAAAUUACCGCAAAAUAGUAUAAUGUAAACUGUACCGUAGUAUAUUGCCUUUGCUUUAAACUUUGCCUUUAUGACCAUAUCUAGAGGGAAAUUCAGGUCUUGUGUAAAUCAUUUCUUGCUUUGAAUACAUUUAUAGUUGUGGACUGGAAACACUGAUCAGCUUUGAUGAUAGCUUAUUUCAUUCAUCAAGUAUUGAUAUAUAAAAUUAGAGUUAGGCAGCCACUAAGCUAUCCUUCAUCUUGCAUUAUUGUAUUGUAUGUACAAGAUGACACAUUAACAUAUAAUGCAUCAUGCCACAUGCAGUAACUGGAAUUUCAAAUGCUAAAUUCUGAAAUUCUUGAAAUUGAUUUAUAUUCUCUAGGAAGUAUAAUUUGUUUUUCCAAAUCAUAUGUAUAGUUUUACACUGUGAGAAUUUUUGUUUAUUUGCCGAUUCAUGCCAUUUAUUCUUAAGUGCAAAUUUGGAAGCUGUAAAUGUUUGACAUAUACCAAUAAACAUAUUUAUGAAAGUUGAACUUGAUCAUGCCAGUGUAAGUAAAGCUAAAAUAAUGU